AACGCAGGCUACGUAGAGCGGACAGUCUGACGAACGUCAGCUUACAACUAUAAUAAAAUAAAAUAAAACCUUUACUUUGUUUUUUGUAUUUGGCAUUAUUUUCUAUAAUAGUAACCACUCCAUCCGAUAGGAAUGGCAGCGGUGGUUCUGUACGGCCGUCGAAGAGGAGCUAGUAAAAACGCAGAUGAAGCCAUUAGAGCUAUGCAGCCACCAGACCUCCGACAUGUUACUGUCUUAAGCAAGGCUGAAUGGCUGAGGAUUCAAGAUGAACUGAGUGGGGUUAAUAAAGAAGAGACGAGAAUAAGAGAGGCAGCUAAACAGCGAGAGAACCUACACCUGCAGUCACAGGAGGUGGUGAAACUUUGGCCUGAUACCCUCCAUGGACAAAGGCUGAAAAGGCUGCAGGAAAAGAAGAUUCGAAAGGAAAUUGAGGAGGAGCAAAUGAGACUGGCUGAUUUAGAAGAAGCAAAAUACCAGGAGCAGAGGCGGAAGGAGAUUAUUGAAAAAGCCAAGACUCAGCUCUACUGUCAAACCGACAGAGUCAAAGGACUACAUAGUGCACUCCUGCUGACAGAGGUGCUGAAGGAGAGAGAUGCUCAGAUUGAGCUUAAACAAAGAAGAAAGAGUGCCAGUAUAGAUGUGGACAAAGCAUUUCUGCAUAUGGUACAGACUAGAGAGGAUGAAGCCUUGAAACAGGAGCAGGAGAAGGCACUGCAGAGGAAGCUUGUGAGACAGGUUGCUGCAGAAGACCUAAGAAACCAAAUAAAGGAAAAUGAGCUGCUGAGAGAGCGACAAAAGCUGGAGAGCAAGAAGGAUGGAGACGAAAUCCAGCGUCUCCAAGCGCUGCAUCAGCUGGAGCGAAGGAUGGAGGCAGAAAGACAAGCAAAUCAGAAAAGAAGCCUCAUGCAAGCUCACCAGGAGCAUAUCACCAACAGAGACCUCAUAAGAGCCACAGAUGCUCAGAAACAGGAGGCUGAAGAGGAGCAAAGGAAAAUGUUUCUCUCUACUAAGCAAAAAAUCAUGAAGUUACGCAAAGAAAAAGAAAAAGAACUGCUUAGAGAGGCCCAGACACGUAGAGAAAGGAUCAUAAACAGACUGACGGUCACACAGCAGGAGCAAGCUGUCAGCGAGGAGCAGAAGAUCGCAAAGGCUGUCGCAGAGAGGGAGGCGAAACAGGCGCAGCAGCAACUGGAGGAGGAUGAGAAGAAAGCUGAGAUGUUGAAGUCCAUCAGUGUACACAGAGAGCUAAUGAGACAAGAGAAGGAGGAGAAGGACAAAAUAGAGAGGAAGAAGGCCCAAGAAGCACUGCAGGCCAAAAAAGAGGCUGACAGAAUAUUUACUGAGAAGCAGCAACGAAAGGUUAAGAAAAUCAGAGAAGAAGAAAGAGAGGUGCAAGACUUCAAUGCUGUGCAAAUGGCUGGAAAAAGUGCCAGACUUCAGCAGCUGAGAGAACAGGAACAUGAGUUUGAAGCGAAGAAUGCAGAACUCAUCGCUGAAGAGGAAAACCGCUUCCAGCAGUAUUCACAGCAAAUCAUCAACGCUGCAGCAGAGGCUCAGCGAAACGUGUUUCCACUUUGUAAAGCUGCGAGGGAAGGGAUCGGAGGUGGGUCCGGUCCUGUUUUUAGUGGAGUCAGGCCAAGUUACCUUGUUCAGGACCGCACUGGAGCUCAGAUGCCCAAAUAUGUCUCAGUGGCCACCCAGAACAUCAAAAAGCUUCACGAAGCUGUAGAUAUUCAGGAUGCCAAGAGAAGACUUGGAUUCACAUGGUGAUAGGUUACAUCCAGUUUGAGUGCACUUCCAGAAAGCAGGUUCAGUAAGUGUGAGUUUGUUAACUCUGAUAUGAGGGAAAGACUGUUCCUGAAUCAGGCUGUGUGAACCUAACCUGCUUGCUAUCAGGUUUCAUGAACAAACUCUCAAACCCCUCCUACACCUGAACCAGCCGACACACUAGGUCUCACAUCCACAUCCCGAACGCUCUAAUGUCACCUGCAUUUUGUCCCGGUCAGAUUUGGAAAUCAAAUGUAAAAUAACAUAGGACUCCAGCUUCAUAUAAUGAAGAUUCAAGUAUAUACAUACAAUCACUUAAAUCUUUUAAUAAGUGUUGUUGAAGGUUCUAUGUAUUUUAACUUCACAAGGCCAGGCCUAUUAACUUCUCAUUAGUGAACAUGUUUGAUUACAACUGGAAGUUUCUGUUUGCCAACAUAGAAAGGAUUUGUUUGACAGCACUCAUUGGAUUGACCAAUACAUUCCAGGAUCAUAGCUUUCUGAAAGUCUGGACCGCAGUCCUAUUGAAAAUUUGUGAACUAUCCUUAAAAAAAACAAAUUUAUGCCAGGAAACCAACCAUUUUAAAUGAACUUCAGCUUGUAGAGGUGCAGCUUGAGGUCUGUUUGAGGUGCAACUUGCUAAGGGACAUUUAAGCAAAGAUUAGCUGGGGUGUAUGUAUAAUUUUGACCCUGUGUGGUUUAGAGAAAUCUAAAUGAAAUUCAAACAGUUUGUGUUUUUUUUAAAGUUAUUAAAGAUGUAUGCUGCACAAUCAUUUCAACCUGUAAAAAGAACAGUUCAAAGAAAUCAAUAAAAGCCCCAAAUUAUCAUGAUGAGUGUAAACUGCACUGUAUAUUUGAAGCUGUCUGUGAUUAUGACUAAGUGGACAAAGCUCUUUUCUCCCAUCCAGUUCUUUAAUAU